UGAUUUAGGAUUAUGUAAACCUGUAGAAUAUUUUCAAUCAUCUAUAAAUUCUAAAAAGACUUGGUUAUUUUUAUUAUCUAAAAAGCAUAAUACCUUUUCAUCUAAAAAUAAUAAUAUUUAUGGUGUUUUACCAUUUGUAGCACCUGAAGUUUUAAGAGGUCAACCUUAUACUUUGGCUAGUGAUAUUUAUAGCUUUUCUAUGAUUAUGUGGAAAUUUAUAUCUGGAAUUCCUCCAUUUAAUAAUGAAGCUCAUGAUUUUCAACUUAGCUUAGAUAUUUGCAAAGGCAAACGUCCUGAAAUCAUUAAAAAUAUUCCAUAUU